GCUAUUUAUAGUUGGCUCAGCAAUUGAGAGGUUGCGUGUUAUGGGGCUACACCCUGCAACCAACCCAAACAUGUUCAAAACGAACAGUUUCCCUAUCGCAGCCUGUAAGCAACUUACUUAAGUCUCUUCGGGCUUUCAGGGGCUUUGCAUCCUUGCAAUCACGUUGGGCCUCCAAACAUGUCGGACAUCAUCAACCUCAUCUGCCACAUUAUAUCGUAUCCAUCAUGAGUGAAUGUUCUACGACACGAUUGAAAUGGCUGCUCAAUCAUUUUGGGGAGCGGUCCGCCGCUUUUUGACACCCAGGUUCAAGAAAACUCGGGAUUGGAAGCGCAUAUGCUUGAUAGUGUCGUUCUGCGCUGCAGCAGCUUCGUUCAUCGGGUUAGAAGCGUCCAUCCUCAUCGAACUGAACGAAGUAUCAUACACUUGGAAAAGCUUCGCUUUCGCCGACGAGUUCCACGAGCUUGUCCAUUCCAACUCAACCAUCUUCAUCGGCGCUUCCGUCUCUUUGUUCGUGCUUGUUAUAGUGCAAGCCGCUUACUUCUACCUCAUCUGGCCCGGAUACGACCGCACUAUCUUGAGAACCUGUGCUAUUCUAGUAUUUGUUCCUGUCAAUCUAGCGCUAGCUUGGAUUCAAUCCACAUCUCUUGAGGGCAUAUUCUCCGCACAGAUUGAUCCCAGCAAGUCUGCACAUCAUCCGGCUGGGAUUACGAACGAAAAGAUACAGGAGCGCUAUGACCAUUUGGCCAGAGGAAUGAGAAGAAUCAGGUGGUUUUCUCCCGUCGUCUCCAUAUUCCUGACGCUCGUGCAAUGUGGAACAGUUGCCUUCUGGCUCUGGCUCCUUCCAUCUCGUAAUCGGUUGCCGAACCGCUAUGAACCAGUCAUAACUGCAAAGGGACAUUUUUGGACGGCAAAGCGUGCACCAGAGAGUAUCGAGUUAUCAAUCAUACCGACGCCGGAAUCCGCGGGUCAUUUAGAAGCAAUUUUCCGGGAGCAUGAGAACGCGCGGGUUCAUAACAUCCUCACUUCAGGAGCAGCCCCUCCUUCAGCGACCAGAAGACGACGUGCUGGUAGGUCCCUUAGGGCACCGCAGAGGAGUGGCACUGGCCCUGAGCUGGCACCAGAGGCGCGAUAUUGGCUGCUCAGCAAUGCGGAAGAUGGCUUGAAAGGCUGGGUCAUCGGGAUGGCGAUAUUCAUCAUAUUCGGUUUCGGUUUCGAACUACCGACGUACGCCAUCCUUCGGGAAAACAAACUCAGAUGCCCAUGGCACUGCCACGUCAAAGUUUAUCACCCUGUAGUCUUUACCGUAUGGUUGACAGCAUUCAUGCUGCUACUGGUAUAUAGAGUCCCUCUAGACUAUCGGCUUCUGAAGUCCAUCCGUGUUGACAUUUUACUCCUUGUCACGCUCUGCAUGUGCUGGGCCUUUUGGCUAGUAGUGCAUGUGCCACGAUACACCUACCCGAACCAGGCCGAACGUAACUACAUAGCAUCCUUAAAAGAUACACCACUACAGCAUCUUUAUGAGGUCGCGAACAUUUUACAAACUACAGAAACUGCUUUAGGUACAAUGUUAGGUUUCGGGCUUGUCGGGUUGAUUGUGUACUGGCUCUACGGUGAUCUUUCGGGUCGCUUGUAUUUCAUAUAACAAUGUGGAUUCAGUUUCAUCUGGUUCCCUCGCUGUUUUAAGGACAAGAAGAUGAUUUUGGAUACUCGGACAGGAAGGGUCUCGGAUGGAAGCCGUGACAGUGCUUUUAUUCCAUCAGCUUUAUAUGCUGGAUAAGCUACGAGAGAAAAAAUGGAGUACAGCGACUGGUUGAAUCCCCGCCCUUUCCAGGAUGACGCUGGAUUCAUUGGUAAAGUAUUUGCCGCGAAGAUCCGGGAGUCAGGACUUGAGGAGGUUAUAUGCCGUCUUGCAACCGAGAUUUGGACCAAACAACACAUGCAACAAGACCACCAGUUAAGUCGCAGCCAAGACGCUGUUCUCGACACGGAUGAACUCUGGUUCGGCAAGCGCAAGGUCCUGUAUCGACUUCGGAUGCCAGAUAAUUCCCUCUGGAUGGCUCGAUUACAUAACACGCUUUACAAUAAGACCGCAGUGACGGACCACGCAACCCGUAUGACAAACCAGAUGCUCCUGUUUGAAAGCGAAGUAGCUACAAUGCAGU